GGCAGACCAAGCAAGAUUUACCAGCAAUAUAGCCACACUGCUAAAGGUAAUGACAACUUGAAACAAGGUUGCAGUGAUAGCAAAGCAGAACCAGCAGGGGAAUAUGAUUCCAGUGACAGAAUUCCGACAGUUUUCUGAGCAACAACCAGCGUUCCGUGUGCUCAAGCCCUGGUGGGAUGUGUUCAUGGACUAUCUCUCGGCGGCCAUGCUGAUGAUAGGAGGGUUUGGGUGCACAUUACAGAUCAUGCCAGUCAAGAUACUGUGUUUGCCAGAAAGACUCCAGGCUGUUUAUAAUUCUUCAGACAAUAACACAUUCCAUUCUAUGGCCAAUAACUUGUCAGCCUCUGCCCCAAACCCAACAGCAUCUGCAACAGCUGAAAUAAAAGGGCUGAAAACCAACUUAGAUAUUCAGCAGUACAACUUUAUAAACUACAUGUGCUAUGAGCUUGCCAUUCCAUGGUACACCAAGUAUUUUCCUUACCUGGUUCUACUUCAUACAUUGUUUUUUAUGAUCUGUAGCAACUUUUGGUUUAAAUAUCCAGAGUCAUGUUCAAAAAUUGAGCUUUUUAUAUCAGUGCUAUGGAAAUGUUUUGACUCUCCUUGGACAACCAGAGCCUUGUGCAUUGUGUCUGGCGAAGAACCAAAAGAGAAACACAGCAAAAAGAACAAUGUGAGCAAGCCUAACAUAAGCCAGCCAGUAACCGAGACUCCAUUGUUGAAACCAGUCGCUGAGACUUCUAUUGUGGAUAAAGCUGCUGCCAGAGAUUUAGAUGAGAAGGAACGAGAGCAAGCCAAAGCCUUGUUUGAGAAGGUGAAAAAAAUUCGAUAUCAUGUAGAAGGAAGCAUUAUUCUUAUAGUUAUAUAUGUCAACCAAACCAUACUUAAAUUGCUACAUUCUCUGUUCCUCAUUGGAUACAACGGAGCACUAGUUUCAGAAAUACAGUUCACCGUAGACUGUGAGGUUGACAUAGAAGACGUGACAGGAUACAAUAAUUUUUAUUGUAAUCUUCCCAUGGCUCCUCUGUUUUCUAAGAUGUCAUUUUUCUAUCUCUGCCUUGUGGGUGUUUAUGGCCUCUGUUGCCUCUAUACUUUAUAUUGGCUAUUGCAUCGCUCCUUAAAGCAAUAUUCGUUUGAAUAUGUCCGUGUGGAGACUGGCAUCAAUGAUAUCCCAGAUGUCAAAAAUGAUUUAGCCUUCCUGUUUCACAUGAUAGAUCAGUAUGACCCUUUGUAUUCUAAACGCUUUGCUGUGUUCCUCUCUGAAGCUAGCGAAAACAAGCUGAAGCAACUCAACUUAAACAAUGAAUGGACAGUAGAAAAGCUGAGGCUAAAGCUUCAAACAAAUGCAUCCAACCGGCUGGAGUUACAUCUGCUUAAGCUCCCUGGCCUUCCAGACACUGUUUUUGAGAUAACAGAGCUACAGUCUUUAAAGCUGGAAAGUAUACCUAAUGUUAUGAUCCCAGCAGCUAUUGCCCAGCUGAACAAUCUGCAAGAGCUGUCCUUGUGGACGUGUCCGGCUAAGAUUCACAGUGCAGCACUGGCAUUCCUAAAGGAGAACGUGCACAGCUUGAGUGUUAAGUUUGUUGGCAGCCCACACAUCCCACAAUGGAUGUGUGAUUUAGGAAGCUUGGAGGAGCUAAACCUGACUGGAUUAUUUACCCCCGAAAUAUCAAAACACUUCCCAAAUUACUCAUUCAAAAAGCUAAAGAGCCUGAAACACCUAGUUAUAAAUAGUAAUUUAACCAGUAUCCCUCAGUAUGCUGUCGAUAUUUCUGCCCAGCUUCAGAAACUCAGCAUUGACAAUAAUGAAAUCAAAUUGGUCACGCGGAACAGUCUAAAGAACAUGGCCAAUCUCAUGACACUGGAACUUGUAAACUGCAAAUUGGACCAAAUACCUAACUCAAUAUUCAGCCUUUUAGCACUGAAAGAACUGGAUUUAAAGAAUAACAACCUUAAGUCCAUUCAAGAAAUAGCUAGUUUUCAAAAUCUGCAGAAACUUUCUAUCUUAAAGCUGUGGCACAACAGCAUUACAAAGAUCCCAGAUCACAUAAGCAAACUAGCAAACUUGGAACAGCUUUAUAUUAGCCACAAUAAUAUAGGGGACCUUCCACAUGACUUGUUUUUGUGCUGCAAACUCAGGCACUUAGAGCUGUCCAACAAUAACAUUAGGUCAAUUCCACAUAUUAUUAGAAAUCUCUCCAACUUAAAGUAUUUCUCAGUUUCUUACAACCGCAUUGAAACCAUCCCAGAUGAACUGUACUUUUGCCAGAAGCUUGAGACUCUGAACCUUAGGCACAAUAAUAUAAACACCCUCUCGCCAAACAUUGGCAACCUGGCGCAGCUCUCAUGCUUGGAUGUUAAAGAAAAUCCUAUUGGAUCUUUGCCUCUAGAACUUGGUUCUUGCCAAGCCCUGAAAAGGAAUGGGUUAAGUGUUGAAGACAGGCUUUUCGAAACACUGCCAUUCGACAUAAGGGACAAAAUGACAAAGGAGCAAAUGACUUAAAUGUACUUACGUGCUAAUUUAUAUUCCAUUUGUUCAUAGGCAGCUACUUCUCUACAGUUAACUACGAAAGUUUCUAGAUAAAUGGUAGCAACUUGGAUAGCAUGGGCAGAUCUAUAUAAAGGAGCCAAGGGCAGAUAUACUUAGCCCUAGUAGUUGGCCUGGUAUAAAAUGAGGGUAAAUAGUAUAUACCAAUUGGGCAACUGUCUGGGCAAUAGGUGAGAAUUUCCUGGUACAUCAGUGGUGCAUAUGGGAAUAUGGCUCCAGACAACAGUACCAGCAGCUAAUAGUAAUAAUGUGUAAGGAACACUAUAUUAUAUAUAUAUACACACAUACACACACACAAAAUGAAUUUUAUUUUAAAUCCACCAGAUGCAAGCGAGUCUUGCCUGUAUGUAUGAAAACAGCAGCUUAAAGCAUUAUACAAAUCUGGCUAAAUGCUGUACUCACCAGAGGUUUAAGUCUCAAAGAGCAAGUUCACCUUGAAACUGUGGUAUAACUGGAACUAUACUAUAAGUUUUCAUUUGUUUAUGAAUGACUGGCCUUCCUAUCCUGCCACUGAAAAUGUUAUCUGUUUAUUGGGAACCGAUGAGAUUAUUAACCAAAAACCGGACUGAGGCUUUAGUUUUGUUAUUUUUAUAAUGUAUCUUUCUGUUGAGGCCUUCCUAGAUUUUCCUUUGCUGGGGCAAUAAAGCAACCAAAUAGUAAUGAAAUUGGUGUAUAAAGAAAAAAAAAAAACACAGUUGCAGAGUAACAGUAAACACCAUAACAACUAAAUUUUGCAGUAAAGUUUCUGGACACAAUUUAGGGAUUAGAUGUUAUACAUUUCGGUUUGUUAUAAUGCUCUAUUUAAAAUUGCACUUUAACCAAUUAAAAUGAUUAAAGUGAA